AUGAUAUGGAAAGGCACGCCUGAUCGCACCUUCACCGCGACGCAGUUCAUCGCCACUGUGCUAUGCUCCUUUACUACGCUGCUGUUGGCGGUUCCCGCGGGUUCGAGGAGGUUUGCAAGGCGCAUGGGGAUCGUUAUGAAGGUGCUGCUAGCGUGCUCUGUUUUCUUCCAACUGGUGGCGGCCUGCCUGGCGGCGAGUGUCUAUGUUCACCUGAAGAUCCACAUUCCAUACCACGACGGUAGGACAUCUGUGCGUGUCGCCUCACCAACUCCAACCGCAUACACAGGUAGCGGCUUUCCUGCGAUGCUACUGGGGCCGACAUUCGCCCUCGCUUGGGGGUCAACCUUGAUAGCUCUCGUGGAGAUUUCCCUCUUGCGUAUCUCCCAUCCGGAAUCGAGAGGAACCGGGCCUCAUCAAGAACCACCUUUCCAUCUUCGCAACAUCUAUAAUCGGAACCAUCCGAAGAGCCGGUUUUGGGUGUUGUUCGGGAUCGGCUCCCUUAUCGUGGCCUUCGACGUGACGACUCUGGUGAACUACGUUGACGCUUCGGGCCUUACGAGUGAGUGCGGAAUUGUUCGAGGGAGUGCGAAGACCGGACAAGUCUUACCCGGAUGCCACACGAGAUGGAAGGCGACUUUGUCGAUGGCCACGGUCGCGGGAGACUCUCUUGCGAGUCUAGUGUACAAGGCGGUUGAGGCCGAUGCAAUCAUCAACGCCUAUCAUGUGGCCAGUGGGCACGGUUACGGGGGGGUUAACGUGACAUGUAACCCCUAGGCGUUGUGCAACCUGCGUAACCCGGUCGGGCGCACCUUUACCAACCUCCAAGGUUAGGCAGGGUUCCGAAACCCCGGUCCAAACCCACGUUAAGGGAAAAUUGUAUCCGUGCUUGGUUGCAGGCGAUGUUGUCCAAGCCCGAGAAUGUCCAUGCCUUGCCGCGAAAACUAUGUACCAGCCGGUGUCCACAGAGUACACGACACACCGAUUUAUCGGACAUUCGCGGCAUAUAUAAAAAAAAAAAACUUCAAGAGCGCCGGCAUUUGUAAGACCGAUUUUUUAAAAGUUGAUUACCGCUGGACACGCAAAAAUAAAAACACUACACCCCCCCAAUCUCCGCAC